AUGACAUCUGUCAUACAGGUGUCUGCAGAACCCAAGAUAGCUGGUGUUGGUGAGGACACCGAAAAACACAUUAUAGAAGAAUGCAAAAAUAUGGCCCACUCUACAGAAUCAAUGAAGGAACCACUUAAAGAGAGCAGUCACAAAGGUGAAAUCAUGAAGCAGCAUGAAGAAGAGGUUCAUAAAGGACUUGGCAUAGAGUGUGAGGUACAUAAAGGACUUGGCAUAGAGUGUGAGGUCCUUGACAAAUUCAGUACAGGUGAGAAUACAGAGAGAGAAAAAGUAGUAGAAAAAAACGCUAUCAAGGGCUGUCAAGAAGAAACAGUAAUAGAAAGCUGUCAGGCAGAUGAGGUGACUGAGAGACUUGAGGCAGCAGGUGCAGGAAGGGAACCUAAAAGAAUCAUCUCAGAGGAGUAUGGUGCUGUCACAGACACCUGUAAAUUAUCUGCUGUAGGAGCAACAGUUAAAGAGAGCUCUGAGGAAGAUGAAAAAGAAGCAGAAAAACUCAAAGAAGAGGUUAAACUCACAGAUUCUGAAGUGAGGACUUCAAAGGAUAUGGAAGAUACAAACACAAAUGCUGAUGCUACUGGUGUUACAGAAGCAUUAAGGGAAGAAAUGCUGCAGAAAGAGCACAGUCAGAAGUUUGUGGUGUAUGACGAACAAGUCAAAGAGAAGGACCUCGAGGAAGCAGUAAACAAAAAUGAAAGGUUUGAAGCUGCAUCUGCCAGAACUUCGCAGGAAGUUGCACAAGAAGAGAAGCAAGUGGUAGAUGGUUCCAAUCUUGCUUCUGAGGAGAAGAGUACAAUAACAACUGAAACAAGCUGGACAACUUUACACGAUGUAGAUGUGAAAGGAGUGAAGCUCGAGGAGGUCCCCAACCCAAGUGACAAUGAAACUCUGAAGAAAACAGAAGUUGUUGGGCAAGAAGUUGAAACCAUGAAUAAGGAGGCCUCAAACAAAAAACUUUCCUAUGAUGUUGAAGAGGUGAAAGGACUUGAUCAUUCUCAGGAGGAUGAGAUAGAGGGCAAAAAGUCAAGUGAGGAGCCUGAAUUAGAGCUUGGAGAACAUGUCCAUGAAAAAAGCAGGGGAACAACAGAUCAAAAUCAAGAGGCUCUUCCUUUUAUGGCUGAUUCGAUGGGAGGAAGCUUGAAAAUAGAUGUCACAGAUAUUAUAGAGGCUUGUAUCAAAGAUGCAAGCACAGACAAUGCACCAACUAAACAGGACAUAGAAGAGGGUGGCUUUGACGGAGUACCAUUGAAGGGGCAAGAGAAGUCCUCCCUUACAGGGGGUAUGGAAACGGGUCCAACUAUAGUUAACCCAAGUGAAAGGACCGAGGAAAAGAAACAAGAGGGAGUAGACAACCCAGAAGAUAACAACACAGACUCUCUCACAAAGGCUGAGGAGAGUUUAAAGACUCAAAAUGGUGAAGAGAUCAUAAACAACAAUGAGGGUACAAAUGAAAUGUUUCAUAUCCCACUGGCUGGAUUCAUAACAGAAGACACAAGCUUGGACAAACCUGAGCAGGAAAGUGGCAAUAUUGAACAAUUAAGUCAAGAAACAGUUAAUUCAAAUGAAACAUUGAACGGUGAAAAUCCAGGUGAAAAUGAAAACCCUAAUGACGAUGUGGAAAUCCCUCUAGUCACAGAAGAAACAAGAUUAGACAAGUCUGAACAUGAACCUGGGAAUCUUGAAGAGAUCUCCAGCAGUGAAUUGGAAGAGAAAAGUCAAGAAACAAAUGAUUCAAAUGAAAAGAUGAAAGAUGAGAAGCCAUUUGAAUAUGAACUCUCAGAUACUGAAGAUCUGGAAAGCCCUCUAGUCACACCAGCAACAGAAGGCUCACAUUUUCAACAACAAGAUGAGCCUGAAAAAAUAGAAGAAGCAUCUGAGGCUGAGUCAGUAUAUAUUGAGAAGGAUAAAUGUAAUGAAGCAGAAUCUCAGGAUAAAAUCCUUGAGACAGCUGAAAGCACCAUAAGCGAGAAGGCUCAGGAUGAUGAGAACAUUGAAACAAAGCUUGAUGCCUCCUCCAUUAAGGAUGAGGAAGGUUUACAAGGGGAGAGUAAGGAGCUGGUUUUUCCAUUGAAAAAUGCUCCAAUCGAGGAAAAAGAUGAUAAAGGAUCUUCUGUUACAGAAAUCAGAGACAACAUUGAGGUUACUGAAAUAAUUGAGGCUGAAGAGAAUUGCAGAUGGGAAGUCCCAAAAGACAUGGAAGCUUCAGUACACAGCUUACAGACAGAUGACACAGAAGAGGAAAAACUUGAAAAAUCCUUGGAUAUGGUGUCUGAGGUAGUUGAACCAGCUGCUUCAAAUGCAGAGGCUGAAAGAAGUACCACAGAAAAAGAGGAGGAAUCCGUUAAGCGAGAAAGUUUCAACGAAGAAAGUAAGGAAGGGAACAUAAAUUGGGAUGAUGAAGCAAGGGGACAUAAAAUGCCAAAAGAUGAAAAUCUUGGGGCAGUUGAUCAAAGUCAAGAGAGAGAAACUAUGGAAGUAGUGAGUCCAAAUAUGGAAAUGGACAGUUUACUUAGUGCCCAUUCAUUGGUCGAAGGAGCCAUACAAGAAGCAUGUGAGCAGCAAGAGAAAGUCUCCAAUCUUGAAGUGGAUGAACAAGUUCACGAAGAAAAUAGAAAUGCUCUGGUAGAUGAUAACCAAAUUGAAGAAGAAUUUAGAGCGAGAGAAAACAUGGACAGCACAAUCUUGGAGAAGGAAACUAUAGAUGGUGCACAAACAUUGGAAUUGAUUUCACAACUAAGUGAAAUGGAAGUUGAGAAAACUGUCAAGGUUUGCGAACUAGACUCAAGAGAGAAAUCAACAGAAACUAAUGCCAUUCAGAAAAUAGAAGAGCAGACCGAAAAGAAUGAAGAAACGUCUGAAAUAGUAAUGGUUAAAACAGUGACAGAAGGUAAAGUAGAGAAAAUGAUCAUAGACGAAGACAGUUGCAUUCCAGAUCAAGGAACUGUAUUCUUUGGAAAUCAAAAAGAUGGCCAAAAUAGUGGAGUAGAGGAAAAGAAGGAAGUCUCAGAAUUCAAUGGUGAAGAGCAGAAUUCCAAAACAAAUGAUACUGACAAGGCUACCAAGAAUGAGAUCAUAAAUAAAGAGGUGGCGGCAGAACCCAAGAUAACUGGUGUAGGUGAGGACAUUGGAAAACACAUUAUAGAAGAAAGCAUAGAUAUGGCCAACUCUAAUGAAUCAAUGAAGGAAGCACCUAAAGAUUGCAGUCAGGAAGGCAAAAUCAUGAAGAAGCAUGAAGAACAGGUACCUAAAGGACCUGAUACAGACUUGGAGGUCCUUGAGAAAUCCAGUACAGGUGCGAAUACAGAAAGACAAAAAGUAGUAGAAAACAGUGCGGUCAAGGACCACUCUGCACCAUCUAUUCGAGAAGAAUCAAUCAUAGAAAGCUAUCAGGAAGAUGAGGAUUCUGAGAGACUUGAGGCAGCUGGUGUAGGUGGGGAAACUGAAAGAACCAUUUCAGAGGAGAAUCGUGCUGUUACAGACACCUGUUUAUUAUCAGUUGUCGGAGCAAUGGUCAAAGAGAGCUCUGAGGAAGAUGAAAAAGUGGCAGAAGAACUCAAAGAAGAGUUCACAGCCUCUGAAAUGGGUACUUCAAAGAAUAUGGAAGAUACCAACACAAAUGCCGAUGCUUUUGGUGUUACAGAAGCAUCAAGGGAAGAAAUGCUGCAGAAAGAGCACAGUCAAAAGUUUGCGGUGUAUGAAGAACAAGUCAAAGAGAAGGAACUCGAGGAAGCAGAGAAUAAUAACAAAAGGUUUGAAGCUGCAUCUGCCAAAACUUUGCAGAAAGUCGAACAAGAAGGGGAGCAACUGGAAGAUAGUUCCAAUCUUGCUCCUCAGGAGAAGAGUCCAAUAACAACUGAAACAAGUUGGACAAGUUUACAGCAUGUAGAUGUGAAAGACAUGAAGCUUGAGGAGACCCCCUACCUAACUGACAAUGCAGAAACUAUGUUGAAAGUGGAAAAACAGGAUGCAGAUGAAGGCAAUCAAGUAAUCGAGUGUGAAAAUAAAGCAGAAUCUUCUCAUACAAUCACAGGAUUUCAAUAUGAAGGCAUUGACACAACUACUGGAAAAGAGAUCACAGCCACAAAGGCUCCCUUAGACAACAGAUGGGAAAAAAAUCUUCAGGGAUAUUCAACACUGGGUCCAAAAGGACAAGAGCUUGAUUCAAUUGAAGAAAGUACAGAGAUAAAGAAUGAGACUCCUAAACAAGAGAAGAACUUGGAAAUUCCUUAUCUUGCAAAAUCAACAGGAGAGAUCUCCAUACAGAAAGAAGAGCCAUGGAACUCAUGGAAGCAUGAGGAUGUCUCUAAAAUGGGCACUGACAAAAUUGGGAUGGAGAGCUCAAAUGAAGAACUUCAUGAAAAUGACAGUGUGAAGGAAAACAAGCUCCCUGAAUCACAUCCUGAAAAGAAUAUUUCUGAAUCAAAAGAUGCUAAUGAAAUUCUUAUGGAGGAAACUACUGAACUAACAAAGCUCAGAGAAAAUAGCAGAACAGAGACUCGGAAGGAUGAAGGCAAACUGCUGGAAAGCUCAGAGGAGGGUGAUAUGGAUGGUGAGAAGCCAUUUGAUGCAGUGGCUAAGGGUGUUGAGACAAGCAGUUCAUGCACAAACAUCAAGAAGGAUGUCCUAGAUCAAGAGUGCCCUAUUAAGAACAUCGAAGAGAUCCCUGCCGAAGGCAGAAUAGAAGGUGAGAAAGUUGAAAACGUAGGAAUUAAGUUGGAGGCUGGAGAUCAAAGUCAUGAAAGAAAUGAAGGUUUUGAUCCCACAGAAAAGAGGGCUCUUCAAGAGAGUAUUGAAGAUGUUGAUCCUAGUCAGAAGCUAGAAGGGACAUAUGAAACAGUGGCCGAAGAUCAAAGGCAUGAGACACUCCCCCAAGUCAAACACAAAAUCAAGGAGGACAAUAGAACAGUGAAGGACUACAUUACUGGAUCUGAUGAAGAUCAAAUUGCCAUGCAAAGACUUCAAGAAAAAGAAAAGGACAGCAUGAACCCUGAGGACACAGGACACAAACCUGAGGCAGAACUUCAAGCAGAAAAGGAAGAUAUCCAUAAUGAGGUUACAAAGACUGUCAUUUUGAAUGAAGUGGCACGUAACGGAUAUGAUAAAGCUGAAACAAGCCAGAAUAUAAGCAAAUGGAGCAUAGAGGAAGAGAGCACUGCCAAGGGCCUCCAUACAGUAUCCAUUGAAGAUGGAACAGUUAAUGAGGUGCAAGAUUUUGCUCUUUUAUCCAUUGAGAAGUGCACCAAAGAAAUAGAUAAUGAAGUGAAGAAAGAAAAAUUGGAUUUAAAGACUGCGGAAUUCCCAAAUAAGAGACCUGAACCUUCUCCCAUUACAGAAGCAUCAGAUGGAGAUAUAGCACAGAGGCAAACUAGUGAGGACUAUGUGGACAUCUCCAAGCAUGUACCUGAGGUAUCUGAAGGAAUCUCUAAGGAAGCAGAGAAAAGUAAUGACCAGCUCAGCAUCAAAUCCAUUACAGCGAUAACGGAACAGAUGACCUCACAGCCACAGAAGAGUGAACUAGAAGGUUCAAAGCUUGUAAGGGAAUCUGAUAUUAGCUCUGAAGAAAAGUUCCAAGGAACAGUUGAAACUAGCUCAAUGGAUGAAGAGGCCAAAAAGGUGAAGCUUGAUCAAAACUCUGAUUCAUUGAUCCAACCUCCCUCUGAAGGUGAGAACACGCUCAAGGAGAGUCAAAAAUUGGAAAAUAUACAUGCAUCUGAAGUAGAAGAAGAAAUGAAGAGAUCUUUAGAUGAAGUAGCUGGAUCUGAAUAUCAAGCUGUCAAAGCAAUCACUGAAGCUGGGAGCACAGCUAAUCGACCUCCACUGGUUGAAGAAUUAGAAAAAAACCUUCAGGAACCCCCUGUAUCUGAUUCUGAACAGGAGCGUGGAAGCACAACCACAAACAAGAAAAUAAGAGAUGAGAUGCCAGAGGAAGAUGAUGGGGAGAAGAAUUCAAUUGGUCAUUUUACCCCAGAGGAAACAGAAGACGUGUGCCUCGAGAGAAAAGAACACAUGGAGCUUCAACAGGCAUCCAAGAUGGGGUUCCAAGAUAUAAAGAAGGGAAGUCCAAAUGAACAGGAGGAAAAAGGUGCAAAGCCAGAAGAAGCUCUCAAACCAGAUUCUGAAACACCUGUCUCUGCAGCAAAAGAUGAUUCAUUUGUAGAGAGAGAGAAAAAUACAGAACUGAAUGAGGCCAGUGAUUUUGUCAGAACUGCGACUUCAAAGGAGGAAGAAAAUGAAAAUUUAGUUUCACACAAAGAAGAAUCAGAAAGCAGAAAGCUUGACAUUCCCUUCAAUGAGGUGAGUGGAGAACAUAAUACAGAUGGUCAAAAAGUUAAAACUGAAAGGGACCUCCUGGAGAAAUAUGACCGUGUUAAAACACCUGAAGAAACCCUAGAGGAAGAGGCAAAUGCAUUUGACGCCAAAUUAGAGGCAGAAAUUUCUCAUUUUAUAUCAGAGGAGCAGGAAAUAGAUUCACCAUCUUCCAUUGACAAAAUAACCACUAGCAAGAUGAAGGAUGCAGCAGAUGAGGAUCUUGAUGCUUCACCAGCAGACGAAGUACUAGAGGAAGAAGCAGUCAAUCAGCCCCAGGAGGUCACUCAGCUUGUGCCAGAUGAACCGAUACAUGUAAUCAACGACACAAAUGAAGAGCACAGAGAAGGUGGCAUUAUGGAAGACUUGUAUCCAACAGAUCAGGUGGUUCCAACCAAUGACUCCAAUGCUCCAUCUCUCAUCAAAGCUUCACAAGAACAAGCAGCAGAGAAAAGAAGCCAGAUGACUGAAGAUGAUGAAAGGCACACUCUGGAUUUUGCUAAGCAAGCAAUAGAUGAAGUAAACCUACCAAACGGAGCAAUGGAUGGAGAUCCAGCUAAGGAUGAGGCCGCUGUAAAAGAUAUUUCAAACAAGGAACAUGAGAAGAUGGACGAUUACAGGUGUGUUCAGGAAACAAAUGCAAAUGAGGGGGGAGAAGCCCCAAUGCCAGAACAGGAAAACAUAAUGGUUUUCUCAUCUGUCGAACAAGCAACUGCAGAGAGAAAUUUCAGGGAUAACCCUAACGAGCAUGAUACCACAAGUAACGUGGUGAUGGAAAACCAGAACAACUACCCACCAUGUUUUGGUGAAGAAACAGUAAAAAGCGUUCAUCAAGAAGACGACAUGGGGGGGAAGAAGGAUGACGAGAUAGCAACUAAAUUGGAAGUUGAAGAUAAAAGCCAAGCAUUAAGGGCUAUAGAAGAGCAGGAAGAUCAAAUAAAUGCAGCAAAUGGGACCCCAAAUUGUGAAAUUUUAAAUGAAAAUGUGUCAGAGGGGCUAGAAAAAGCUGGUGCUAGUGCGAUCAUAGGAAAACAGAUUAUGGAAGAAACCCGAAUGGUCAAGGACCCAUCCCUAGUUUCUACGGGAGAAGAAACAUACAAAGAAAGUCAACACGAAGUUGAAAAGGAGGGAAACAUGGUCAAUGACACAAAAAUAAAACGGGACCUUGAAGAUCAGAGUCAGGGACUGGAAGAUGAAGAAGAUCUAAAAGACAAAGCAAAUGAGGUUCAAACAAUACCUGUUAUACAGGUGUCUAGUGGAUUUGAAGAUGCUGGAUCAAGUAAGAGAAUAGAAAGGCAGAUCACAGAAGAGGAACCUCUGAAGGAUCUAUACCUAGCUCCUAUUAAAAAAGAUACUAUAAGAGCGGACAUUGAAGAAGGAAAAAAGAAUGGUGAAGAGGUUGAGAAGGAAGUAACUAAAUUGGACCCCAGAGAUCAGAACCAUGAAACAAGCUGCAAAGAUGAUGCUACAGAAAACAACAUGAUAAAUGAAGAGGUCAAAAGUUCUGAUGUUGUUUCGGUGGAGCAGCAGUUAGCAACAACACCUUCCACCAAUGAGGCAGAAGCUAUGACCAUCAAGGAUGAGGCAGAAAAGGAUCUUGAUACUUCACCUACAACAAAUUCACCAGCAGAAGAAGCAGUCAAUGAGCCCAAGGAGGUCAGGCAGCUUGUGCCUAAAGAACCAAUCCAUGGAAUCCAUGAAACAAAUGAAGAUAAUAAAGGUGCUGCUGAAGAUAAAAAUGUAGUGGAAGAACUCAACAAAGCUGAGAACCCUAAUGAUACUUCUUCAAACUUGGUAUCAAAUCCAGGAGACAUUGAGGAAGACUUGCAUCCAAAAUAUCAGGAGGUUCCAACUAGUUACGCUGCCUCAUCUCCCACUGAGGCUUCACAUGAACAUGUACUAGAGAAAGAAGGCCACAUGACAGAGGAUGAAGAAAGGCACAGUUUGGUGAUUGUCAAGCAAGCAAACCAUGAAGUGAACCUACAAACAGAAGAAACAGAGGGAGAACCCAUCAAGGAUGAGGUUCAAGCAGAAGACAUUUUAUACAAGGAAGGAGAGAAGAUGAAUGAUUACAACAAUGUUCAAGAAACAACAUCUGGAAAUGAGGGAGGAGAAACCCCAGUUCAAGAACAGGAAGACAUGGUCCUUUUCUCAUUUGUUGAACAGGAAACUAGAGAGCAGAGUAUCAAAGCUAGCCCUAUGGAUCAUGAUACCACAUCUAAUUUGAUGAUUGAAGAGCAGAGCCUGCUCAAGGAAUAUGUUGGUGAAGAAACAGUUAAUAAGGCUCAUCAGGAUGAAAUAGAGGCAAAGAAGGUUGAUGAGAUAGCAACUGAAUUGGAGGCCAAAGAUAAGUGCCAAGUUUCAGUGGCUAUAGAAGAUCAGAUGGAAAAAAUUACCGAAAUAAAUGACAACCCAAAAUACGAAAUCUUAAAUGAAGAGGUGCGUGAGGGGCUUGAGAAAGCUGUUACAACUGAGAACAUGGAAAAACAAAAGAUGGAGGAAAACAGAACAGCCAAGGACCCUUGCCUCAUUUCAUUAGAAGGAGAAACAUACGAGGAGAACCAUCAUGAAGACGAAAAGGAGGGGGAAAUGGUCAAUGGUGUAGAAAUUAAACAGCAUCUUGAAGAUCAGAGUCAGGAAGAGUUGGCUGAAGAAGAUCUAGGAGACAAAGCAAAUGAAACAAAUAAAACCACAAACUUUCAAAUGUCACAUGAUGAGGUGUCUCUAGCAACUGAGAAAGGUGGAUCAAGUGAGAAAAUCGAUAAACAGAUCACAGAGGAUGAAGCUAUAAAGGAAUCCUUCCUGGCUGCUAUUGGAGAAGAAACAACCAAAAAGGCCCAUCCAGAAGAAAACAAGGAUGAACCAGAGGUUGAGAAGGAAGCAACAAAUUUGGACCCCAAAGAUCAGAAUCACGAAAGAAGCAGCAAAAAUGGUGCCAGAGAAAAACACAUUCUAAAUGAAGAGGUUAAGAGUUUUCAUUUUGUACCAAUGGACCAUGACUUAGAGACAACAGCUUCAACUGUUAAAAGGAUGGACAUUGUGACCAUGAAGGAGGAUACUGAUGUUUCAUCUACUACAAACCCAUCAGCCGAAGAAGCACCAGAUGGAGAAGCAGUCAAUGAAGCCCAGGAAGUCCCUCACCAUGAGCCUGAACUGAUUCAUGAAAGUAUCAUAACAAAAGAAGAGAACAUAGAAAGCGCUACAGAAGCUAAAAUUGUUGCAGAGGAAUUCAUUGCAGUUGGGAAGCUUAAGACAACCUCUUCAGACUUGGUAUCUAACCCAAGUAACAUUGGAGAAAAUUUACAUCCAAAAGAUCAAGAGGUGCCAAUCAAUAAGUCCAAUGCUUCAUCUCUCACUGAGGUUUUGCAAGAAAAAACACCAGAGAAAGAAGGCCAUAUGACAAAAGAAGAACGGAACAGUUUGGUGUUGAUCAAGCACAAAACAGGUGAAACAAGCCUAGCAACAGGAGAGAUGGAAGGGUAUCCCGUUAACAAUGAGGUUCCGGCGCAAGAAAUUUUGAAGAAGAAAGCUGAGAAGAUGAAUGACACUGAUAAAAAUAUAACACAUGGGGCAGGAGAAACUCCCAUUCCAGAACAGCAACAAAGGGCGAUUUUCUUAUCCAUUGAACAGGCCAUUGCAGAUAGUAGCUUCAGAGACAGCCCUGAAGUGCCUGAUACUACUGGUAACUUGGUGUUUGACAAGCAGAGCCAAGUAAAGACGAGUUUGAUGCAUGAAGUACAAAUCCAUGAAAAUGAAAAAACAGAAGGCACAAACUUAGAGAAUUCUGACAGCUUAAAUGAGAAGCUUUCCCUUUUAUCUGAUGCUCCAAACAAAGAGUUAUCCCAGAAAGCAGACAGUGUGAUGCUCCCAGAAGUCACUGAAAUCUCUCAAAACACUGAGAAGCUUGAAAAGGCACCGCAUGCAACAACUGAGGAGAGUACACAGAAAAAGAUAUCAACUGGACAGACAGAUAUUCCAUCAGUGCUACAACAUUCAAUCAGGAAAUCAAUAUGGGAAGAUGAAGAUCAGAGACAUGGAGAAGCACUAGGAACUGAAUCAAAAGAGAAAGCAGUAGAUUAUGGGGAAGAUAGUUUAAUGAAUGAUAUGGCUCAAGAAUUGUUGGACAUAGAUGAGGUUUCAUUAAGGGAUCUUCCAAUAUCCACAAAGGAAACCUCGCAUGUGGUUUCCAGCGACACCGAUAGCAUAACGAGUGAUGUGGCUGAAGAACUGUUGGACGUAGAUGAGGUUUCAUUAAGAGAUCUUCUAAUAUCCACAAAGGAAACCUCGCAUAUGGUUGCUGGCAACACAGACCCAACACCACCUGCCAACAAUGAAGAGCUGCAAAAUAAAGAGCAGCAAACCAUUCAAGGGUUAAAGGAAAAAAUAAUGGAAGAAGAGAUACAUGAGGGGCAUGAAGAAGAAGAAAAUGAUCACAAAAAGAUGCACUCAGGCUUCGAUCUGCCGGUCAUGCUGGAAGCCCCAAGACAUGCAGAUGUUAAGCCAGCCCACAAGAAAUCUCACAAUAUACUAUCCGGUGUAGGUUCCAAGGUCAUGCAUUCAAUUGCAAAACUAAAGAAGGCAAUCGCUUGUAACGUACCCCCUGCCGAAGCCACCAUUACCGAAAUAAGAGAGUGAGCAGCUAGGUGACAGUUCAAGAAGAGUUGGGACAGGCUUUCCGAUUGGAGAGAGUUUAUGUGGUUUGACUUGUAUACUGUAUUGUGAUGUUAAGAUAUCAGUACACAAGCUUUGAGUGUGGCUGGUAUAAUUUGUAUAUUGCCUUGCGUUGUUAAAAUAUCAGUAAAGAAGCUUGAGUGUGGCGUGAAGUUGUGCAGUUUGAGUAACAUAGAUUUUUCUUUUUUGUACAAAGUCAUGUAAAUGUGAAGAGUUCUUAUUUCAUUGUCAAUAAGAACAUAUCCUAUUUUAGUAUGUAAAUUCGUUAAGUGUUUGCAU